UGUUUUUUACCGCCAGUUGCUCCGCUGCCGUCCAAAAGUUUGGGGCUUGAAUUUCGGCUGAAAGCGGGUACAUUUCCGGCGUUUGUUUAUUUUUUUGGUAACCAUAACCGAACCCAAACAAAAAUCGGCAAAAUGACGCAGAUGUCCGACGAACAGUUUCGCAUACUCAUCGAAACAAUUCGAUCGCUCGCGCCGAUCAAAGAAGAGGAGCCGCCGUCGAAGGGGAGUUUCAGCAACUGCUUGGUGAGAUUCAGUGGACAGCGGGAUCACGAUGCCGUGGAUGAGUUCAUCAACGCGGUGGAGACGUACAAGGAGGUCGAGGGUAUCAGCGAUAAGGAUGCGCUGAAGGGUCUGCCCCUGCUCUUCAACAAUAUAGCCGUGAUGUGGUGGAAGGGUGUGCGCCGAGAUGUCAAGACCUGGCAGGAUGCCCUGCAGCUCCUGCGCGACCACUUCUCGCCCACCAAGCCAUCCUACCAGCUCUACAUGGAGAUCUUCGAGACGAAGCAGGCCUCUGGCGAGGUCAUCGACGCCUUUGUCUGCAAACAGAGAGCCCUGUUGGCCAAAUUGCCGGAGGGGAGACACGACGAAGAGACUGAACUGGAUUUCAUCUUCGGCCUGAUGCAGCCGAAGUACCGGGAGAGCAUUCCCCGCCAUGAGAUCAAGUCAUUCCGGGAACUACUCGAUCGGGGACGAACGUUGGAGCGUGCCAAGAAUUCAAGUUGGGCUUAAGUUAGUUAGUUUUACUAGGCAAAUAAAAAUGGUUUACAUUAAUCGAA